UUGAUGGGGUUUGGGAAACCUGGUCUAAAUGGUCAUCUUGCCCAGUCAUGUGGCGGAAGUAUGUCACGGAGAUCAAGGUCAUGUGAUGGUCCUCGGUUUGGUGGGAAAAACUGCAGUGCUCCCUGGCUUGAAGAAAAAACAUGUGGAACUGUUCCAUGCCCUAUUGAUGGCGAAUGGACCACGUGGUCAACCUGGGGCUUAUGCAACGUCACUUGUGGAGGUGGUAGCCAGUCUCGCUCUCGAACUUGCAUUGAACCAAAGUUCGGUGGUAAAGUCUGUGAAGGGGAUGGAGUUCAGCUGAAGGGUUGUAAUGACAUCCAGUGUCCAAUUGAUGGAGUGUUCCAAACAUGGGAAGAGUGGGGAGCUUGCAGAGUCACUUGCGGUGGAGGAGAAAAAUGCGAAGCCGGAAGUGUACAGGUCCGUUUCAUGGAGGCAGGAACUGUACUGGACCAUGGAGGACCAAACCACGUGCGGCACUUUCGUCAUGCCGAGGCUUUCAUCACUAUCAUCACCAUUUCCAUACUAUUGACAGUUGAUGGUACUUGGUUGUCCUGGGGCGCGUUCUCAGAAUGUGACCUUACGUGCGGAGGUGGUCUACGAAGCCGUAAACGCGACUGUGAAGGACCAUUCUUUGGUGGGACAGACUGCACUGGCAACGACGAGGAACAAGAACUAUGCAACGAACAAAACUGCCCAGUUGAUGGCGAAUGGCAAAACUGGGAGAUUUGGGGAACCUGCAGCACUACAUGUGGCGGAGGAAUACAGUGGCGCGACCGGGGAUGUAUUGGGCCAUUUUGGGGUGGUCAGGACUGUUUGGGAGACUCUAAAGAGUCGCGUGACUGCAACACCCAAAGCUGUCCGGUUGAUGGCGUCUUCAACAAUUGGUCAGACUGGGGUACUUGCAGUGCCACAUGCGGAGGUGGUAAUAAACUGCGUCAGCGCACCUGCCAUGGUCCAUUCUUCGGCGGUAAAGAUUGCGGUGGUCCACGUGAAGACACAGCGUCGUGCAACCAACAUAACUGCCCUGUGGACGGGAUAUGGGCGGAGUGGGCAAAGUGGAGCACGUGCACGCUCACGUGCGGAGGGGGGCAGCAAUGGAGGACAAGGAACUGUAUCGGACCGUUUGAUGGUGGUAAAGAAUGUCCAGGCCCUCGCAAUGUCACUCAAGCCUGCAACACAGAUAACUGCCCCAUUGACGGCGUCUACGGUGAAUGGUCCUCAUGGGGAGCAUGCAGUGACACGUGUGGCGGAGGCACACAAGAUAGGACUAGGUCGUGCACCGCCCCUAAAUAUGGUGGUGUCGACUGCUUAGGUCCAGCAGUUGACACCAUGGCCUGUAACACCAAUCACUGCCCUGUCGAUGGUGUCUGGAUGAACUGGAGUAAGUGGGGAGAGUGCAGUGCCACUUGCGGCGGGGGAGCAAUGAAACGAACCCGCCUCUGUGACGCACCGAAAUUCGGAGGGGCUGACUGUGUCGGGGACGCCGAGGAACUCAAGUCGUGUAACCCCAACCUGUGUCCAAUUCCUGGAGACUGGUUCAACUGGGAACAGUGGGCCACGUGCUCUGUCACUUGCGGGGGUGGGACGAAAUCUCGCUCACGAAAAUGUGACAUGACGUCACACGGCAACUUGACCUCUCCCUGUGAAGGAGUGGAUGAAGAAACCAUUGACUGCCACACCUUUGCCUGCACACCCUUGGCUCGCACGUGUUCUGAAUGGGGUGUUCGUGGCUUGAUGUCAAACACCAUGGCGGACAUUGACCCGGACGACGCGGAGGGCCUGAUGGAACCUACUCUUGUUUACUGUGACAUGACAUCUGAGAAUGGAGCUGGCGUCACAGUCAUUGGACACGACUCGGAGGAGGAGGAAGAAGUCGUGGGCUACGAAGGGAGCUGGAGAAUAUGUUCUGGGACUUAACUACAACGUCUCCCUCGACCACGCCAUCGCCAUCAUCGAUGCCAGUGAGAACUGCCGACAGUUUGUACAAUGGAAGUGCAAGGCCGCCGUGAUUCACAACCCCAAUGCCAAUGGUGUCAUCACUACCGGGUGGCGCAACAGGACUGGCGGAAUUGCAGACUACUUUGGUGAUGCCACUCCCGGAAGUGGUAUGUGUACCUGUGGCAUGACCGGGUCAUGUGCAGACCCGGACAAGGCAUGCAACUGCGACAAGAACGACGAAGUCUGGAGGGAAGACUCCGGCUACCUGUCCUACAAGCCGGACCUGCCUGUCACUGAGUUCCUGGCGGGGGACACAGGUGACGACGGAACCGAGGCGGGCGCCUUUAAGGUCGGCCCUGUGGAAUGCUACGGGACUUCCUCCGCGGAUGUCAGCGAUACCUAAUCGACCAUUCUUGAUCUGUUUCUCUCUUUCUUCGCAGCUGAUGCUCUUUGCUACAUUUGAGUUAAAACUGUUUUCUUAACUAGGUCUAUUUUGUUCCCUUUACGUGCUAUUAAUUUGGAAUGGAGACUGUCCAGUUGAUAGGGAGCCUAGGAUAUAAGAUAUGGAGUCUGCUUCUUGCAGAGCGGAAAGGAUUGCAGUUUGCAAGACGAGAGAUUCCAUAUGUUGUUGAAACAUGUUGACUGUUGAUGUUAUUUUUGUUACUGUAAACUUUGUUUAUCUAAAUAUAUUGAUGUUGCAAAGUGAAA